GUCCCAGCAGCUCUUCACUCUCUGCUCAGAGCCGACGACCAGCCGACCCUCAGCCAUGACCUCCUUCUCCAGCCACAGCAGCUAUGUGUCCUCCCCCAUGAGGAGCUCCAUCAUGACGGCCCCCUCCGUGACCUCCUCCUCCCGCCUGGGGAGCAUGAGGGCCGGCAGCAUGUACGGAGGAGCCGGAGGAUCUGGAGUCCGUGUCUCCCAGUCCUCCUCCUCCUUCUCUGCCGGUGGUGCCUCCAACCUGGGCGAUGCCAUUGACGUCUCUGUCAGCGAGAAAGCCACCAUGCAGAACCUCAACGACCGCCUGGCCACCUACCUGGAGAAGGUGCGCAAGCUGGAGAAGGCCAACGGCGAGCUGGAGCUGAAGAUCAGGCAGUUCAUGGAGAGCAGAGCCGCACCGGAGGCUCACAACUUCAGCGGCUUCAACGUCCGCAUCAAAGACCUGCAGGACCAGAUCAAAUUAGCUGCUCACGGAAACGCCGCCCUCGUCCUCGCCAUCGACAACGCCAAGCUGGCCACCGAUGACUUCAAAGUCAAGUACGAUAACGAGCUGGCCAUGCGUCAGUCGGUGGAGGCCGACAUCGCCGGGCUGAAGAGGGUCCUGGACGAGCUGGCUUUGAGCCGGGUCGACCUGCAGAUGCAGAUCGACUCGCUGGGGGAGGAACUCAUCCAGCUCAAGAAGAACCACGAGGAGGACCUGCUGGCUCUGCGGUCUCAGAUGGGAGGUCAGGUGAACGUGGAGGUGGACGCCGCUCCUCAGCAGGACCUGUCCGCCGUCAUGGCCGGAAUCAGAGAACACUACGAGACCAUCACCACCAAGAACCGCAGAGAACUGGAGUCCUGGUUCCAGUCCAAGACGGCCGAGCUGACCCAAGAGGUGGCUGUGAGCACUGAGACCCUGCAGACGUCCAAGUCUGAGAUCGGAGAGAUCAGACAAACGCUUCAGACUCUGGAGAUCAAACUGCAGGCUCAGAAAAGCAAGAAAGGAGCUCUGGAGGCGACUCUGGCUGAGACCAGGAGCCGCUACGCCAACAUGCUGGCAGGUUUCCAGAGGCAGGUGGGGGCUCUGGAGGACCAGCUGGACCAGCUGAGGACCGACCUGGAGAACCAGAGGGUCCUGUACGUGGACCUGCUGGACAUCAAGACCAGGCUGGAGCUGGAGAUCGGCGAGUACAGGAGGCUGCUGGACGGAGAGACUGAGAGCACCACCUCCACACCACCACCACCACCACCAAGGUGGUGACCAUCGUGCAGGAAGUGGACUCCUCUGGAAACGUGGUGACCAGCAGCAAAUAAAACAGGAAACACCUCCGACCAAUCAGAUGCUGUAAACUGUGAACUGAGUCUGUCUGAGGUUCUUGAAUAAAAGUCUGACAUCGUU